CCGGCCAGCGCGGAGAUGACGGCGAUGGCGGAAGGGGAGCCGGGCGAGCCGAACCCCGAGGCGUUCGUGUACGGCGAGGAGGACUUCGUGCUGCAGGCAGCCGACUGGGGAGACCCGGACUCCGCGCCCUCCCGGUUCGACCGGCUGCUGCUGGCGGGCUGGAGCGACCGUAUGGAGCGGGGACUGUUCCGGUACCGGCUGGGACCGCUGCCCACCCGCGUCCUGCCGGGCCCCGUGCGCCUCGUGGCGCAGCUGAACGAGCAGCGCAGCGCGGAGCGCCGCCCGCCGCAGCCCGUCCGCAGCCUCCGGGAUCCCUUCGACCCCGGCGCCUUCAACUUCACCCGGCUGCGCCCCGCCGAGCUGCUGUUCCGCCUGCGCCGCACCGGAGGCCCGGGGCCGCCGUCCGACCCGCUGCUGGUGGCCAUCAACGCCAGCCCGCUGGAGCGGGGACACGUCCUGCUGCUGCCGGAGCCGGCGCGGCGGCUGCCGCAGGUGUUGACGGCCCCGGCGCUGCGCGGGGCGCUGGAGGCGGCGCUGCUCAGCGGCCACCCCGGAUUCCGCGUGGGCUUCAACGGGCUGGGCGGCGGCGCCUCGGUGAACCACCUGCAUCUGCACGGGCUCUACCUGGACCGCCCGCUGCCGCUGGAGGAGGCGCCGGCCGAGCCGCUGGGGCCGCGCCUGGGGCUGCUCCGCGCCGGACCGGCCCCCGCCUUCCUCUUCUUCGCCCCCGGCCCCGCGGCGCUGGAGCCGGUGUCGCGGGCCGUGUGCCGGGCGGCGGAGCACCUGGGCGGUGCCGGGCUGGCCUGCAACGUGCUGGCCACGCGGGGCGACCCGCCGGCGGGGCCCGGGGCCGGAGGCCGCCGUGGGCUGCGGGUGCUGCUGUGGGCGCGCCGGCCCCUCUUCGGCCCCAAGGCGGGUGAGCCUUUCGCCGUGGCGUUGUGCGAGCUGGCGGGGCUGCUGCCGCUGCCCACCGAGCCGCUCUACCGGGACAUCACCGAGGCGCAAGCCCUGAGCGCCAUUCGCCAGCACUUGCUGCCCGAGCCCGAGCUGCUGCACCUGGGCGGGGAGCUGGCACGGCUGCUGGAGAACUGAACCGAAGCGAUGGCACGGGCGGCUGCAGACCUGUGUCCCCUCCAUCCACCUGAGCGGCUGCAAGAACGAGAGUGGUAAGUCACAGGGGUGGGGGCUCCCUGCAGGCUUCCAGCCGACACCCGCAGGCUCUCCAGGUGCCUGCCCUGGCACCCAGUUCCCACGGGUUUAUUUACUGCUGACAGUGGCUGGCACAGGGCCCCUGUGUGAGUGGGGAGUUUGUCACACUUUGGAUUGAGGUUUCUCCCGAUUUAAAAUGUGCAACAAGCAGCGCAAACCCGCAACAUCCCCCACACUUGGGUUUACCAGCUGUCUGCUAAAAUGGGCAAGAAGUGUUCCAUCAGGUACAGUGCAAGGGAGUACCUGAGUUUGGAGACAGAACCUGAGGGCUAUCAACUGUUUAAGCUGAAGCUGGUAGUGAGCAGGCAGGAUCUGUACCUGGAACAUCUCCCUGUGCUGUUCGUCCCUGGUGACUCCAGGGAGCUGGUCCACUCUCCCCUCCCACUGCUCCUUCCUUCCACAAGCUGUAUCUUGAUAGAACAAACUCCUGCCCCUUGAGGGGGCUUAUUAAUCUACUUUGCUAAGGGAUCUUGGUGUGCAUAGAUCCCCAUCACCUCCCCAGCCCUGCCAAAUUCGUACUUUGCACUAGCAUAAACCAUCCCAGCAGAGACCUUAUCCCGCUGAGCUGUGUUCUGCUGCUGAAAGACCUUUGAUUUGCGAGAUUAAAUUCAUACCUUCACAAGACUUGUAUCUGCCUGUGAGGUGUAAGAUCCAUGGGAAAUUCAGCCCUGCUGUUGGGGGGCCUUGGCACCUCAAGACGGGUGGAAUUAGAGAGUUAAGAGCUCCCAGAACACUUGCAGCCAGAGGCUUGGGGGAUUGGCCAGAUAAAACUGGUAUUCCUGACACCUUCCAAGGGAUCAUGCCCCAUACCUCUGAGAGGGGAACUGCAGCCCAGAGAGCUGCAUACUCCAUCCCUUCUUAUUUUGGGGGGCAGUGUCAGCCCCUGUAUGUGGCUCCUCAGCCAGAGAUUUGUUUCACGUUCCAUCCUUGGUUAUUUUGGGAGUUUAUCAGUCCCUGUACAUAGGUCCCCUGCCUGGCCCCUGUCACUGUUUGCCUUGGCACAGUGCGGUGGGCGGCACAGCACUGCGGGCUGAAGGAAGUGGGAGAAAACGACAAGUGGACGGUGCUCUGGACAGACAACAUGGUCACUUUGGACCGCCUCAGGACUAUGAAGCGCUUCCAGGUAAACAAAAGAGCUGCCCAGCAGGAGCUGCUCAGGAAGGAGGGUGACACAAGGCUGUCUGUGGAACAGCAUGUGGCAGAGUGAAGUGCAGUGCCAUGCCCCUCUGUGCCUCGGCUCCAGGGCACGGGGUCAGCUGCCUUUGCUUGUGCCAUAUCCCAGCAGCAUUCAGCAGCUAUGGUGGGAGCAGGAGCAUUCCAACCCUGGGAUGGGCUGUGAAAUAAACAGUUGUUGAUGAUUAACGGCUCUUACGCUGCUCCAGGACUAAGAUGCAAUAGGCAGAUAAAUCACUAGUGAAGCUCAGAUAAAGCAGCAAGUAAGGUAGCAAGUCUCACCCCCCAGCAGCAGUUCAAGGCAGCCACAGGCCUGGCUUCCCUCUCGCUGCUGCUUCUGCAUGCACAGGCUCUCCUCGGGGCCGGGAGAAUCCAUCCCCGCAGGGCCUCCGCUGAUCUGGGUUUUUCCACCCCACUUUCAGAAAAUCAACCACUUACCAGGCAUGAUGGAGCUGUGCCGCAAGGACCUGCUGGCUCGUAACCUGAACCGCACGCUCCGGCUCUUCCCCGAAAAGUACAACAUCUUCCCCCGCACAUGCUGCCUGCCAGCCGAGUGGCACGGGACAGCACCGCGGGGACAGCGUGACACGGGGAGGGGGAGGCUGCUCGCCUGCUCCUUCUGGGCACCAGAGCCCAACCCAUAACUGCUUUGGCACACACCGCGGUGACCUCUUCCGCAGAGCUCCCAGCAUAGAUGGAGAUGUGUGCAAGGAGAAGGUGGGAUGUGCAGAGCUGGGUCAGGUCACGCAGGGACCAGUCUGUGACUCCUGCAGAUUAGGAAUGGGGUUUUGAUCCAUCCCCUGCAGAAGUUCAAUGUGUGCUGGCCUCCCUCCCAGCACGCUGCUCCCUGGCCAUGCUCACACCCUCCUUGCCCAGCCCUGCCUGGCUCCCCAGCAUUGGCUUCAUCCACUUUGCAGCUUUAGGACCAGGGGAGCAGGGGCAGAGGAGGGGCUGCCAGGACCAAGCCCCACGGGAAAGGGCAGUGGGGGCUGCUGAGCUGCAGAGCUGCUGGCUCUGCACAGCCCCACAUCUGUCUGUGCUGUUCCAGGUGAUGCCGGUAGUCUGUCAUCCUCCAAUGACAGCAGCUGUCCCCAGCCUCCCCAGCCAGCCCAGAGCAGGCCACAGGUGAUGGCAUUUUCAGCCGUGCAGUGGUCCAGGAGCUUCCCAUCGCCACUGCCGUGCACGGGCAGCACACACGUGCCUCACACCAUGGCAGAGCCUUGCCAUGUCAGUAUUAUCAUGCCACGCCAGCACCUUGCCCCAUGCCAAUGCCUCACACAUUCCCAGCAUGAAAAGCUCAGGUAACAUAGCCGAGAGCUCAGCCUUGCUUGCAUGUGUGCUUGCAUGAGAACCAGGACUUGCUGGAUAGGCUGACUGCCUCCAUCAACUCUGGGGUCAGCUGCUGAGCCCCUGGCCAGAGCCUGGGCCCAUCUUGGCUCCGGCCACCCGCCCUGGCUAGCUUCACCUCUGCCAGGACCGGAGAGCGGUGCUUGUGUCCCUGCCCGUGCCUUGCCCGCUGCACUGGUGUCUGUGACCCACAGCCGCCCGCAGUGAAGCCCUCCAGAGGCCACCUCACUCCGGACCCGU